CUACCAAUCACAAUACGUAUUAGUGACCUACAGGUGCAUUACAUGCACCCAGCACGUCGGUUAUGUGGCUUAGUGUUUGUUUUGGUUUAAUUUUGUGUUUUUGAUUUGCCAACUCGGAGUUGAUGUCAUCAUCAGUGAACGCUCAUAUCUUCUGUUCUGAAAAGAGAAGUCUUUGAAAUGUUGAAAGAUGGUAGGCUUCAUUGUGGUAUUAAUCCCUCGAUUUGCACUGCAGACCUUUUUUCAAGUGAAUAAAGAAAGUAUGUUGGAAAGACUUGCUUUAAUAAGGAGUUACACUGUUUCACAAUUCAAUGCGAGUAAUGUACUGCAUAGUUCGAUUUGAUCAGGACGAACUCGAGUUCAGUUUAAAUAAUCAAAUUAACUGUGUCUUCGUUCGCAUAGUUGUUUUUAGUUGGGAUAAACCGGCCCAUAAUUUAUUGAGAUGCUUGUAGCGCUGUUCUGUUACUUCGGGUUUGCCCAAAUAACAUCUAGUUAUUGUGACAACAAAGAUAGGGACAACUCAGCGUUCCAGUAUUUAAACGCAGACACAUAAUGCACUAAUGAAAUGAGAGGAAGAGUACAAGUAAAGGUCACCACAUUGUGAUGCGCAGAAAGAUAUGGGCAGUUAGUGAUUCCAUAAACUAGUACCGUGUUAAGGUCCAGUUACUCUUCUUUGUGAUUCAAGAUAAUAUUAUAUCAUAUAGGGUACCAAACGAUCGCAUAUCAUUAUGGACGAAUAGCAAGUAUUCAUGACACACUUCAAGUAUUUUAUGUUUUUCUAACAUAGAUCCAGUUACAUCAGACCAAUUUAGUUUACUUGUUCUCGUUUUUCAGAUAGAAUUGUUGAAAGAAUUGUGAUUAACUAACAAUGCAUUCAGUGAUUACUAAUAAAUCUAUUACUUGUAAAGCUGCUGUUGCUUGGAGGCCGUGUGAACCUUUGGUGAUAGAAGAGGUUGAAGUUUCACCCCCAAUGUACGGUGAAGUACGGAUUAAGGUGUAUUCCUCUGGAGUUUGCCAUACAGAUGCAUACUGUUUGAAUGGUCAUGAUCCAGAAGGUGUUUUUCCUACCAUACUUGGCCAUGAAGGUGCGGGUGUUGUAGAAAGUGUUGGUGAAGGUGUAACAUCACUUUCUCCUGGUGAUCAUGUUAUUCCUUUGUACAUUCCACAGUGUAAUGAAUGCAAAUUUUGUUUUUCAAAAAAGACAAAUUUAUGCUCAAAAAUAAGAGAAACACAGGGAGCUGGCCUCAUGCCAGACGGUUCAGUUCGUUUUAAAUGUCGGGGUCAACAAAUACAUCACUUUAUGGGUUGUAGUACUUUUAGUGAGUACACAGUACUGCCUGAAAUAAGUGUAGCGAAGAUAGAGAAGAAUGCACCGUUGGAUAAAGUCGGUCUUCUGGGAUGCGGUAUAAGCACAGGAUAUGGAGCUGUUUUGAAUACUGCCAAUGUUGAAAAAGGAAGUGUGUGCGCUGUUUGGGGGCUUGGAACAGUUGGGUUAGCGACUAUAAUGGGAUGCAAGAAAGCUGGUGCCAGGCGAAUAAUUGGGGUAGACGUUAAUGAAGACAAGUUCGAAUUAGCUCUUUCAUUCGGAGCUACAGAAUGUAUUAAUCCUGCGAAGCAGUUGAAGCCAAUACAGAAUAUUGUAACCGAAAUAACUGAUGGAGGCUGCGAUUAUACUUUUGAAUGUGUAGGAAAUGUGGAAACUAUGAGGCAGGCUUUGGAGUCUUGCCAUAAAGGCUGGGGUGUCUCAGUUAUAAUUGGUGUUGCAAAGGCUGGGACUGAGAUUUCGACUCGGCCAUUCCAACUUGUAACAGGACGUACAUGGAAAGGUUCAGCUUUUGGAGGUUGGAAAUCUCGUGAGUCGGUGCCUAAACUUGUCAAAGAAUAUAUGUCAGGAGAGAUCAAAGUUGAUCAAUUUAUCACUCAUCACUUUGAUUUAAAAGAUAUUAAUAAGGCUUUUGAUUUGAUGAAAAUGGGCAGGUGCAUCAAACCAAUGAUUCAUCUCUACAGUUCUCAGUGAAAUUUUAAAAGUGUUUCUGGAAUCAAAUAGUCAGUUUUCCAACGAAUUUAAUUCGGUUGACUUGAUCAUUUCAUCCUAUUUUACGUGUAAAUUAACUAGUAACAGUGAUGCUUUUUAUGUAAUCUUUGUACAUGGAUUGGAAACUGAGAUUAUGAGAAUAUGAUUUUGAUAAUAUUACAUAUGGUAUAAUGAUUCAUCCAU